CUCCUGCAGCUCGAGAAGGACAAGCAAACCUGAACGCAGCCGGAAAGAUCCAAGUAGCUGAGCCGCGAGCAUCCUCUCCCGGACGCCAGGCCAGCCCAAAUCCCAACUGCGGUUCAGCGUUCCUGAAGCCCUUUGGUGAAAAAUCAUCCAACCCCCAACUUCAAAGGAGUAUUUUCUCUCCCCUCCCUCGUCCCCGUGUCACCCAAAGUGACUGGGGCCAACAGGAUGCAAGCGCUCACUAUUGUGAUUCUACUUUUCUUCUGUAAAGCGGCGGAACUCCGGAAGACAGGCCCGGGGACCUCAAGGAGCAAAGCCCAUCACGGGAGGGCAAAUGGCGACCGGAGAGCCUGGGGUCCUGUUAAGCGUUAUGCGCCGGGCCUGCCCUGUGACAUCUACUCCUACCUACAUGAGAAAUACUUAGACUGCCAAGAGAGGAGGUUAGUCUACGUUCUGGCCGACUGGCCCGAGGACUUGAUCCAUAUGCUGCUGGCGAGGAACAAAAUCCGCACCCUGAAGAACAGUAUGUUUGCCAAGUUCCGGAAACUGAAGAGCCUGGAUCUUCAGCAGAACGACAUCUCCAAGAUCGAGACGGACGCCUUCUUUGGCCUCAGCCGACUCACCACCCUCUUGCUCCAGCACAACCGGAUCAAGGUCUUGACCGAGGAGGUGUUCAUUCACACGCCCCUCUUGAACUACCUGCGCCUCUACGAUAACCCUUGGCGCUGCUCGUGCGAGAUGGAGACCCUCGUGACCAUGCUGCAGAUUCCGAGGAACCGGAACCUGGGCAACUAUGCCAAGUGCGAAGGUCCCGAAGACCGGAAGAAUCAAAAACUGAAGGAGCUCAAAGUGGAAGAGCUGUGUGACGAAGACCAAAAACCACCUGCCCCGAGAAAUCAGGCCGUCGGGAAGCCGCCCGUGAUCAAGCCAGUUGUCGACUCCUCUCUCUGUCACAUCUAUGUUUUCCCUAUUCAGACACUGGAUUGCAAGAGGAAAGAGUUACGCAAAAUUCCCACCAACAUUCCUCCUGACAUUGUUAAACUGGAUUUGUCGAACAACAAAAUCAACCAACUGCGACCCAAGGAGUUUGAAGAUGUUCAUGAACUGAAGAGGUUAAAUCUCAGCAGCAAUGGAAUCGAAUUCAUAGAUCCCGCUGCCUUUUCAGGACUCACGCAUCUAGAGGAACUAGACUUGACGAACAACAGUCUGCAAAACUUUGACUAUGGCGUUCUGGAAGACCUGUAUUUUUUGAAGAUCUUAUGGCUUAAGGAUAACCCUUGGAGAUGUGACUACAACAUUCAUUACCUCUACUACUGGCUCAGGCAUCACUACAACGUUCACUAUAACGGUUUGGAAUGUAAAGCCCCCACAGAGUACAAAGGGUGGUUUGUUGGAAAAUAUGUCCGAAGUUAUUUUGAGGAAUGUCCCAAAGACCUGCUGCCUUCCUACCCCGACCAAGACCCGGAAGAUGAAGAAUGGGACAAAAUACAUAAGGAACACAUAGCAAAGACACAAGGUGUAAGAAUUACUGUAAUAGGUUAACCUAGAGAUUGUCCGGUUUGUAACGCAUUUGAAGUAUUUGAUAUCCGGGUGUUAGAAAACCUCGUUGUUUACAUUUUGCUUAACCGUGUUAUCUGUCUAUGAAGGAAUGUCCAGCUAAGGAAUUUUUUUGGUAUUACGAUUAUUCUAGUUAUUGAAAAUGGGAAGCGAUCUCAUAUCAGUUUACUCUUAGGAGACCGCUAGGUGUACAGUUGUGGGAAGCAGAAGGUGUCUGACUCUUUAAACGCAUAUGGUGUUGUGUCCCGUAUCGUGGCAUUAAUCAAACAAUCAUAUUUAUUGAGUGCUUACUAUGUGCAGAGCAAUGUACUAAGCACUUGGGAGAGUACAAUACA